CGGACAUCCAUAAUUGUGAACAUUUUAUCCGUCUGGUCGGACGGCUUUGAAUACGAAAACAUAUUACAAUAACAAAACAAAAAUGGCUGAUGCAUCAAAUCUUAAUCAAGGCGUUCAAACAUAUAUUGAAAAAACUCUUUAUGAUGCAGACGAUUUUUUGGCAAAUUUUUCCAUGCUUCGGGAAGAAAAUGAACAUUUAAAAAAAUCUAAUGAAAAUCUACAGCAACAGUUAGAAAAAUUACAACAAGAAGUUCAGCAGCUUCAUAUUGAUAAACAAAAUUUAGAAAAUCAAUUGCUUAGAGAAAGAGAGCAACAUAAAGAGGCAUUAUGGAAUACAAGAAGUGAUAUUCAAAGAAUUCAAGAAGAGCGUUUGGAAUGGAAAGAAAAGUAUUUGGAUGUUUGCAUGAAAGGAGGUAGCAAGCAGGAGCCAGUAAUAAAUGAAAAACAAAAGACAUGGAAAUUUAAACAGAGUUUGUUGAGUACUGGUACAAUUCCAGAAAGCAUUGCUGAUGAAUUUUACUCCAACUUAUCUUCGACUUUUGGGCUAAAUGAGAAUGAAGAUCAGCCAGUUCAGCCCAUUAUUACAAACCAACUAUGGGAUCCGGAAACAAAGCGUUUUGAGUGCAAAGAAUGCAAGGCAACAUUUAGGCAAUUUUCAGAUCUAAAAUCCCAUAUAGAUAAAAACCGUUGUGUUAAAUAUACAUUUCAAUGUCCAGAAUGUAGUAUUGUUUUUAGCAACGCAACUAGUUUCACAAAGCAUUUGAAGUAUCAUGUUGGAAAAACAAUUUCUUGUGAAUAUUGCGGGGAUAAGUUUAUGCAUGAGAAAGGUUUACAAAGACAUGUAAAAAUGUAUCAUACUGAGUUUAAUCAGCAUUAUUCAUGUCAGUUAUGCUCAAAGCUUUUUAACCGCAAAACCUUAUUAGAAAAUCACAUCCGGCGACACUUUGAUUAUCGUCCUUUUAAGUGCAAUUCAUGCGAGAAGUCAUUUAAAACUAGACAGUAUUUAACUGGGCAUAUAAACGGUGUACAUAAAAAUGACAAACAGUUUGUUUGCGAUAAAUGUGACGCUCGCUUCAGCUGGAGAACUACUUGGAAAAGGCAUAUACAAAGUCAUGCUAUUAAAACAGGAAGAAAGAAAAAAAAAAGUAGAGCUGACAACUCUGCAAUUUCCUCUGCAACUCCAACGACACUAAACGUUCCAAAUCUCCAGCAAAUGGUACAUAGUGUUGUUCUUAAUCAUGUAGGCAUCCCAAUUGGUCAUAAUGUUGUUUCUAUAUCCGAUCCAGAUACUUCAAUAGCAAACAGUACGGUUCAACUAUCGCAUUCCGUUGUUCCUCAAAUGCAAAAUCAUUGUUUAACUACCUUAUCUCACCUGUCUCAUAAUCAAUACUCUCAUAAUCACAUGACUGAUAAAAAUAUAGAAGUGCCAAUUACCCAAAUAUCAGAUUCAUUGUCGGCUAAUAGUUUAACAGUUAAUCAAUUGAUGCCUGAUCGUGUUAACGAAAUCCAUAUAAAUCAGAUCUCAAGUAAUUUUAAUUGAGAUUCAUAUUAUCCAAUAACAUGUUUUAAUCUUUUCAAUUUGAAAUUUGAAAAGGUUUUUAAAUGUGUCGAAGCUUGCUUAUUCAAUUAAAAAAAAACAAAAAACAAUCCAAACGUACAUAUCCUGUGCACAAAGUGUAGAUCUUGAAGCGGAUUUAAUAAAUUUUUGCUUUACAAUA